CUGGCAACGCCGACUUUGGUCUCUCGUCAGUGUCUCUUCGUUUCUAGCUUCUGUCUGUGUGCGUGUGCGUGUGUGUGUGUGUGUGUAUGUGAGUACGUGCGUGUAGUGCGUCAUCGCUUUAGCUACAUUGUGCAAUCGAAAAGCAACAACGACUGCGCAACAAACAGAAGAAAAAAACCAAUGAAGAAAAUGUCAGUGCUGCCAGCGUUGCUGUUGACUGCGCUGCUUUUGUGCUGCUGCCGCCUGCAGUGCACCUUGGCAAUCGAGUGUUACGUAUGCGAUGCGAGCGACACGAAGAAUCCGUUCCAGUGCGGCGAAUGGUUUGAUCGCUUCGAUCAGCCUGAUAUCCAGCCGCAGAACUGUUCGAGCGUCCAUGGCGCCACGUUCUGCGUGAAGCAUGUGGGCCGCUUCGAGGGCGGCAUUGGGGCGAAACGCUUCUGCAGCUCCAAGGAUUUGGGCAACUAUUGCGACUAUGUGCGCAACAAGGGCGAUCGCAUGGACUAUCGCAGCUGCAUCUACACUUGCGAUACGGACGGCUGCAAUCAUUCUAAUCAAUUGACCAGCACCGCUUCGGGUGUGGCGUUUGCCCUGCUCAUGCUAACAGUCUGGCAACGCUGCUGAGAGACAGACAGACAAACAGCGAGAGAGGGAGAGAGAGAGAGAGCGAGAGAGCGAGUGAGGAGUUUAAACAUAGCUUUGUAAACAAAGCAGACAAACAAACGGCAAACAGCUUGUUGUUGGCUUUGAUUACUUAUAUGUCUUAUAUUUCUUUAGUUUUCUUCUUUUUUUUUUUAUUAUACAAGCAAAAUAUGUAUUUUUUUUUAUACGUAAGCUAAGCUAAGUUGAACAUGAGUAAAGUUUCCCACACAUAAAUAAAAAAGGCGGCUUAUUAAUUGUCAUUGACAUGGCAUGAGAUGGAAUGAAACACUUGGCUAAUGGAACGUGCUGGGUAUGGCACACACACACACACAGAGUGACAGCGGGAGAGAGAGACGAGGAGGUUGGGUCUCUUGCGGUUUACAAUUUGAUAGCUUUGCGGCAAUAUUGGCUAAUCGACAGAUUGAUAUCUGCUAUUGCAACUGCAACUGUAAGUGCUGUGACAUACAUUUCAACGACAAAUGAUACCCUGUAAUUGGCAAACGUGCCAAAUGGGGCAUGUUGUUGUUAAGUAAUACGUUGGCGGCAUUUCUGUUGACUUAACA